UGAGCAAACCCUAGGAAAACACAUUAUUUAGUUUAGCCUUUUGCUUAAUACUCAAAUAGUCAUUCAAUUUUGGAAUAAAAUUUGAUCUCCUGAUUUGUUUCCCUUAAGGAUAUGAUAGAAUAUGGUCGGGUGCACUGAUAGUCCCUUGUGGAAAUGAUUGCUUCUUAACUAACCGUAAAAUUUCAAAUAUUGCCUGUCAUGGACAUAAUUAUUGGCACGAUCAAAGUAGCGUAAUUUGGCAAAGAAAUGAAUUCCAAGUUGAAUUACCGGUGGUCAUAUAGGGAAUGGAGUGUACUAAUUGCAAGGAUUGAAAUACCAUAACGGAGAUUAUACUGGAAAAGUCAGCGGUAGGAUAUUUUAUGAUAUUGAGUCUGUCUAGGAAACAAUCUCAUGAUAAAUGAACUAAUAGGUGCAAAUCAAUAGUAUUUUCAACUUGAUACUUCAGGGAUACUAUCACUCUAAUAUGAUCAUACAUUCUAAACAAAUGUUAGUGUUUGAGGUAAGAAGAUGACUUUAUUUGUCAAAUCAAUCAAGGAAAUAAAAUUCACCUAUAAGUAACCUCAAUUCUUUGUCUAUCUAUAAAAAGAUUUAUGAGCGUAAGAACUGAGUGCAUAACCUAAAGAUCAAUCUUUGAGAAUGAAUCAUAGUGUAAGAACUAAGUUCGUUAGUUGAUGAUCACUAUUUGGGAUCCGUGCUAGCAAUGUACAACAAAGUUAUGACAACCUUAAUGGAUUGAGAUGUUUGACGUGCUCCAACCUUAGACCCCUUAGCUAGCCGCGAAGUAGUCGAAAUCGCGUUUUAAAACUUAAAAACUUACGAUUUUACAUUUGUAAGUCACUAAAAUGCUUAUACGUCGAAUCGAUCUUUUCACUUACAUUGUAGAUUUAUGCUUAAAAUUUUAAAACUCCAUUUUUUAUCCUUCUAAAUUACCGAAAUGCUAUUUAUUUUUACUGCAUUUGCAUUUAUAGCUUUUUAACAUAUAGGGGCUAGCUAGUAGCCAGUGGCUUUUGUUAUUUCGACUCACAUUAAUGUUCGUCAGUUUUUGGGUCUGGUUGGAGCAAGAAGUAUUCCCAGUUCGUUGUUAUUUGGAACAGUGUACGUAACACCACGAGUCAUGUUAGAGUCCAAACCCACACUAAGUAGAAGCCCAACCCAGUAGGAUGGGCGUAUGAUGGCCCAGAGAGUCGUUUUCGAUUUUCCGAACCCAAGUGUCUUCUUCGUAAGUGGGCUGGGCCUGUAAUUGGUCCCUGGACAGCAAUUCGAAAUGAAGGGAAAAGCCUGCUUCCGCGAUUGGAAGAGCUAGGUAAAAUGGCUUCAAGUACUCGAAUUGGAUAGAUUAUUACCCAUCUUUGAGAGGAUUAGAGUCCGAGAUUUAUGAUUUGGACUGAAGGUAGAGCUUAAAACCAUACCUCCCUUAUCCCAUCAAAUUUUUUUGGUAUCCAUACCCAAUCAAUACGGAAAUUUCCUAUGCACAUUGGGUUGGAAGCGGUUGGGUACCCGCGAUCAUGGGUUGAUUGUCAUCCAUAUGAUAUGACAAACCAUAUAAGCUUUUGUUAUAAUGCUUUCGACUAAUACAAUAAAAAUGUAUAGAUGGACACGGUAAUGCAACGCCGUAAAACGAAGAUAUGCCUUAUCAUCAUAAAAAUGUUGACCGAGCCAACAAAAUUAGAAAACGUCUAAAAACAUAUUUCGUUUCAACUAUUACAACAUUAGUUUAAAGUGAACACUGUUAGUAGAGGUGUGCAACGGUUAGGUAUGAAUCGGAAGCACCAGAUCAUAACACACUUAUUCACUUAGGCUAAAUUGCAAGUUUGGUCACUCGAAUUGCUACAAAAUUUCACGUUUGGUCACUCGAAUUCGUUUAUUCCAUUCGUAGUCACUUAAAUCAGUUGAACAGUCCAAGUUCAGUCACUCUCCGUUACCUCCAUCGGACUCCGUUAGUGUCGUUAGUUAACUGCUGACGUGGCUAACAGAGAUGCCUAGUCACCCAAUUUUAAUCCAAUAAAAAACAAAAAUUGACUCGCCACGUCAGAAAAACAUGCCAUCUCAUAUAAACCCAACCCAACCCCACCCAACCUAAAAAAACCAUUAACCCACCCAGAAAUCGAACCCGUGACCCAUCCACCCUUCUUCUUCUUCCUCUAUACCCUGCUUCCGCCGCCGCCGGGGGGAUUUCCCCUCGAUCUCCCUACUGCAGCCCCGCCGCCGGGGGAUUUCCCCUUGAUUUCUAGGCGGGUUAAUGGUUUUUUUUAGGUUGGGUGGGUUGGGUUGUGUUUGUAUGAGGUGGCAUGUUUUUCUGACGUGGCGGGUCAAUUUUUGUUUUUUAUUGGAUUAAAAUUGGGUGACUAGGCAUCUCUGUUAGCCACGUCAGCAGUUAACUGAUGGCACUAACGGAGUCUGACGGAGGUUAACGGAGAGUGACCGAACUUGGACUGUUCAAUUAAUUUAAGUGACUACGAAUGGAAUAAACGAAUUCGAGUGACCAAACGUGAAAUUUUGUAGCAAUUCGAGUGACCAAACUUGCAAUUUAGUUUAUUCACUUAAUAUAGAUUUGGUCUUUAAUCCAAAUAUAAUUAUAUAAUAUUGGGGAAAAAAACUGAAUUGACAUUUGUAAAAUGUCUUUCACUCGACAUGAGUUUUUCACUUGGCAAGUGAUAAUAAUACGGGAGUGGAGGAAAUAAGGGCCCUCUCUCCCUCCCGUCGGCCUGUCCUUAUACCCACCAAAAAAUCUAUCGGCUGCCAAAGCCCAAAGAUUCUGCUGCCUUUUUCCUAUUUCCCUCCCCUACUUUUCCCCCUGCCUUAGGCCGUGGCUCUCCGCCCAUGAUAGUUUUGGCCUUUUGUGCACUUUGUCCAACUCCGUCGCACACUGCAUGCCAUUCUUUUUCUUCCAUUCAUAGUAGGAAAAUAGGAACAACCGAUCACAAAAGCAAGCAGAAAAAAGAAGCUGCUAGAUGAAUAGUACCCUACCCUCAAAGCCAACCGAUCAUUCAUUCUUCUUCUUCUCUAUAAGAAGCCCAGAAAGCCCAAUGCAAAGUUCCCCCUCCUCCCAUCUCUAUCUCCCUCCCCUUCUCACCAUCAAAAGUUUCCAUCUUUUCCUCAUUCAACCCUUUAAAGUUUAAACCCACCCAAAUGGAGGACAAUUGCAGCCCUCAUUCUGCCAUAGGCUGGGGAUCCUUCUACCAGGACGAGGUCAUAGAGGAGUUCAAACAGUAUGUUCUCUAUACAUCAGAGCUGGAGACCACAAUUGUGUCAGCAAGAGAAGACAUCGCCAACAGAGACCUCGAAAUCCUCCACCUCAAGGAGCUCCUGAGCAACACUACAAAGGAGAGGAACGAAGCCCGGGUGCAAUGUCAGAAGCUAAUUCUUGACAAGUCAAUGCUCCAGCAGCAGCUCCUCCUCCUCCACCACCUCAAGCUCAAACACAAAGAGGCAGAGGAGGAAGCCACCGCCACCGCCCCCGUCUCUGUUUCCUCUGGCGCGUCUAUUACUCCGGAUGAGCAAUUGGCAGCGCCUGCGGCGAUUGAGGGCUCCCCGGCGGAAACCCAACAACGCUGUGGCGCCGAGGUUGAUGACGUGGUGGAGAAAUUGGCGGCGGACAGGACAUUGCCGGAGAAAGGGAAGCUGCUGCAGGCGGUGAAGGAUGCAGGGCCGUUGCUGCAGACGCUUCUGCUGGCUGGUCCUCUGCCUCAGUGGCAACAUCCCCCGCCUCAACUCGACACUGUUGAGAUCCCGCCCGUUACCAUUCCUUCUUCUUCUUUAUCUUCUCCGGCGGCGGCGGCGGCGGCGGCAGGCAGGUUGAUCCACCAGGAAUCUUUCAGCAGCUCGAGUAGUCCUCCUUCUAAUGCUUGUUUCGGCAGCAAGAGGAGCCUUGAACUCUGUGAUUCCCCUGCUUCUCCUAACAAGAAGCACCACAAGCUCGAUCUUCUCCAUUGACCCAAAUCCAAUCAAUUGAUAGUCCCAAGUGUAACAUUAGAACACAUUAUUUGUAACACUAAGUCUAGUCCACUCUCUGAUUUUACUUAAGUUAUAUAUAUAUCACGAGCGAGAAUCAUUAACUCGUUCUACACUCUCUCAAUUCGCGGAGAACUGAGAGCGUGUUUUCAAUCGUUCGAGUGUAAUUUUUGGGUUCUUGAAUUUUCCAGACAAGUAGUUAGGAGUAGGUGGGAGGGAGGUUGGAUGGUGUAGCCAAAAGCUAAGUGUGCUAGCUGCUUUCAUUUUUUUCUUGCUAAAUGUUAAAGCAAAAGAUGUUGUUGUUGUUGUUGUUAUAUGAAAUGAUGGUAAGUAUGACCAUGGAGAACAAUCAUGGAAGAAAACUGGCCAAGUUUAUAGAUUUUUAUUACUUGAACAAGUCUUUUCCUUUUGCUUCUUGCCCUUUAGUUGGGUCAUCCAUGGAGCACACCUACCAUCUAUGGUGUUUGUCUGCCAUUAAAACUGCAUCUCUUUUGUUCUCAUCAGCUACAAGGACUUGGAGCCACAACUUGGGCCAAACUAUCCAAAAGAUGUGGAUCUUCUUCAGAUUGCAACCAUAAAAGCGAUCCCGCCUUGGAGCUUUUUUGCUCUGCUUCUUCUUUUCGGUUUGGUUGGGUCGUAAAGUGGAGGUGAGGGAGGGAGAGGACUGAGGAGGAUAAUGAAUGAAGGAAUUCCUCAAAAAACGACGGUUCUGUUUCACAUGGAGACCGGAGAGAUGGACUGGGCGGGUCAUUUUCAGCGGCUUGCCUUUUGGGUCACUAAAGUGGAACUACACAAGUCAAUGAGAAAUCUUCACCCAUUUUGGAGAUUAGGAUACCAUUAGGACUAAACUAAUUUAAUUGGGCGCAAUGUAGUGUGUUCACUCUUUGUUGUUUAUAAUUUUUUAAAGCAGAGUGCAAAAUAGAUCUUAAUCUCACAGUGGCGAACUCAGAAACUUUAUUAAGGGUAUUCAACGAAAGACCAAAAUCCUUAAGGGUUGUCAAAUAAUGUAGUGUCUGAAUACUAUCACCGCUAAAACAAAAUUUUAUAAAGGUUUUUUGUCCCAAAUUUGCAUCCAAGGGUUGUCAAUCCGCCCCUGUAAUCUGAUAUGCUAAUCGAAUCAAGCUUUCAUCAACGCCGUAUAAGUGUAGACAAGAACUUCACACACACACACAUAUAUAUAUAUAUAUAUAUAUAUCAGUAAUAUGACAACCAAACGAUCAACGAGUCUUGUCAUUCACAUUUGAGGUACGUAAUCUGACGUAAAGUUUGUUCUAUCUGGCAAGUGAUGGUUGUGCGUACAUAAGUUUGGGGGGGAUGGGGCACGUGGGUUUGCUGCUGGUUCAAUGAAGUGGAGAUAAAGUUAUGAAAUCUGU